UGUAAAAGUGAACUAUGUGUCGAUUUUAGAGGUAUCUAUAUGAUAAACAAAGGAAGUGGAUUUGUUAGUCAUUGUCUCUUGAUAUGAGGAUUCACAUAAAGAACGUUAACUCGGGACCAAAAAAAGAAACCCAAACAGAUUGUUAAAUACCGGAGAGUCAAUGGGAGUUUAGGUAUCGAUCGAAGUUUUCAUUGAAAAUUAAUUUCGUUUUGAAUGAGCAAGAAUGCAUUCUUCUGUAAAGGAAGAUAAUUUUAUGUUGUUGAUCCAAGCUCUUCGAUUCACGAACAAGGGACUUAAACAAUACGUUGACAUUUGUCUGGAAGAUAUUUAUUGUGGGAUCAUUCGAAAUGUGUCCAAAGUUGUUCCAACCUGCAACACUUAUUGCAACAAUCUACCUGGAAAUCAAUGGUGUGGAUAUUGUGAGAAAUGGAAGACAGAAAUAGACAGUUAUGUUCGGCUUUCAUCCUUCAAGAAUAAAAUAAAAUGGCAAGACAUUGACUUUAGAAAGUUAACAGGACCGGACGGAGAUCUGGCAAAAACUGAAUUAUUUUCAAUCUACAUCAGACGGUAUCCAAAUACACCGGUAGAGUUUGAUAUUCAAGCAAUUUUAUCAUUGUUUCAGAACUGUGUUUAUUUUGACAUCGGAAAAAACAAGACUCUUCUUGAUUCUGUUCGCAACAUUAGGAAUAAACAUUUUGCCCACACGAUAAAUUUUGAAAUCAUUAACAAGAGCCUGAAAGAUUCAAUUGAUAAACUGAUUCUUUUGUUUCAACAUCCAUCAAUGAUGAAUCAUGGAAAGUUAAAGUAUAGUAUUGCCAUGCUAAAGAGACUGAGAAAAAAGAAUAUGGAACUGGUUGAGAUGAGUACACAUGCACUUUGUAGAGAGGUCUUUGAACUCCGAUACGAUUCUACCACGGCAAACAGAAACAUAGACUCAUGUUUAUUGCCACAGUCCACAAGGACAGCGGCCAUCAGAUCGAUAUGGGGACAGUGUCAUUACAUUACCGUUUUCUUCAUCCUUCUCAUAUCCUUCAUUACGGCACAUUGGUUAAAGUUCGAGGCAGACACUAACAUGAAAGAUUAUUGGUACUCUAUAGUGACCAGAGGUUCUCCUCAUGAACUCUAUAAUCCAAAGGGUUGCAAAACCACUGAAUAUAAAUAUCCAUAUGCUGUUGACAUCGACUUUGAAUUCUAUCGUUCUACACAUGACAUGCUAGUCGGUCGAAAAUGGCUGCUUUAUGAAUUGGAAAAUAUAAUGCGUUCUUCUCCUAGAGGUGUAAUGUUUAUAGCAGAAAUGGGAUAUGGAAAAUCUGCAAUAAUGUCUCAUCUCGCAUGCCAGGACGAUCGACGAGAAGCAGGUUAUCCAAUAUUCGAAAAUAUAUCUGUUUUCCAUAUUUGUACUUUUGAAUCCCAAAAGACAUUGCUUCCAGAAUUAUUUGUCAAAAAUAUGGCGGGAGGAUUUGCGAAGUACAUACCGAAAUUUAAAGAGUAUUUGGAGCAAAAUCGAAGGUUUAAAGAUUAUUUUGAAGGUGGAAAAUGUCUUGAGGAUGCAGAAGGAUGUCUAGAUUUUCUAAUUAUCAAGACACUUCAACAACUGAAAAAUGAAUCAAAAACUCAUAUUGUUGUCAUAGAUGCUCUGGACGAGUGUAUAGAAUAUGGUAAUAGAUUCAAUAUUGUAAACCUGCUUCGUGGAAGAAUUACAAAAUUUCCCAAAUACAUCAAAUUUCUAACCUCGUCCCGAAAUAUAUCACGAAUAUCCCCGAUUGGCCUACAUUUAACUGUGUUUGAACAAAAAGCAGAGAACGAUAAAAAUAUCAGGGAUAUUGGUGUUUUUGUUAGUGAGAAAUUGCAGAAUGCUCAACCGAAGGAGAUCAGUAAUCUCGAAUCUUUAUUAAAAAGUUCGAAUAUGGACGAGAUCAGGGACAAAGCUGUGAAAUAUGGAAAAGGAAAUAUGCUUUUCGUAUUGCAUGCAUUGAAAUUGUGAACAGACACUGAGCAGUCGUCUUUGGGUAACAUUCCUAAUGCACUUGAAACAUUAUUUUAUGAUCAAUUUCUCAGAAUCUUUGGAAACGAUGACGCUACGUUUGGCAGUACUAGAAAAGUUUUAGAAAUAUUGUGCGCAAGCACUGAACCGCUGUCUGAGGACGAAAUUUUCGAAAUUGCCAAAAUCCCAGAGGCUGAUCAGAUUAACAUAAUUAAGUUGAUAGGAAAUGAAUUAAGCCAUUUCAUCAGACUAGUUCGCGGGAAAGUACUAAUCCUUCAUAGGUCGCUCUCGAAAUUUCUAACAAAUAACGAAAGGAGAAGAGAACAAUUCUACAUCUCAAAGCGAAACGGUUGUGUCCAUUUGUCUCACUAUUUCCUAAGAAGUGUGAAUUCUAAACGGAUUUUCAAUGAUACUGAUAUUUUACAGUUAACAUAAUAUGUAUCUUGCUCCAAAAAACAAGAAUUGAAAGAUCUCUACUUAAAAUAUGGGAAAAAAUUCUAUUCUAGUAUUCAUUACAGGACUAGAUUCACGCAUCCUCAAAUCUUCCUUCUUCACCGAGCUGCACUAAAAUUAUUUUCUUACCCCAGUAUGUCUCUUUUUCUGGAUCUGUACUUAAAAUUUCCUUUGGCACAUGUUGACGAAAAUGACGAUGGAAAUAUCACUGCUUCGUACGUCGCUGCGGCCUAUGGUAAUCACGAAGGCCUUCUAGCUCUUUUGAAAUAUGGAGCCAACGUGAAUUUUAUCAGAUUAGGACCCAGAAUAUUGAAUAGUUCUUUUGUUGACAUAGUCGAAUUCAGCAAACAUUCUGCCCAGUGGGAGUAUAAUCUUUUGAAUAUUGCCUCUCAAAAUGGACACCCCAAUGUCAUUCGCAUUCUUCUCCGAAAUCAGGUUCAUAUGAAACAUAAAAUUUCCUGUGGACUAGAUUCUUUUCAACUGGCUUCCGAAUUUGGACAAAUUUCAGUUGUGAAAUAUUUACUCAUGCAUCAUAAUAGUGCAUUUUCUGACAGUUUGAAGUUUUCUCUCUAUCUGGCCUCUAAAAACGGACACGAAGAUAUCGUAUCAUUAUUAUUGUAUCAUGGAGCUGUUGAUUUAUGUCUUCCGUGCACAGGGAACAUGUAUUGGACAGAGUUUCAUCAAACUCGUUUACAAGUUAUUGACAAUGAGUUUGAUUUGUGGCAGCUUAACUACAUUUUUGAGGAUGACAGACGGAGGCUACGAUGCGAGACAGCGAUAGAAGUGGCAAUUCAAAAUGGACACACUGAAGUUGUAAAGCGUUUAAUAUCACAUUCAAAUUCUAGCCUACUCUGUCGGGAAUCUGGUGGUAGAACACCUCUUUUGACAGCUGUUAGGUUUGAUCGGACAGAAAUCCUACAGUUCUUUAUGUCUCUCAACAUGUCUUUCGCUCAGCACUGUGUUUCUGGUUAUCAGAAUAAGGAUAAAUUUGAACUUAGCAAGACGGAGGAAUUGGAAUAUGAUAAAAACAUAUGUUUAAAUAGCAUGUCAGUGUUUCAUCUUGUCGCUGAGUAUGGAAGUUCGAAAACCUUAGUUAUGUUGUAUGAUAAUUUCAAAGACGCUUUCUGGACAGAACGUGAUGUAUUUGGUUCAACACCUUUACACUAUCUAGCUUGUCAAGGAAGACUUGAGUUGAUCAGUCAUUUCGAAAGCAAUUACAACAUCAGAUCAUACAAUGGUUCUACGCUAUUACACUCAGCAGCCAUAUGCAAACAAUAUCUCCUUCUUGAUUUCCUUCUCACCCGAAUACCUCGAUCUCCUUUGGAUCAUAGGAAUCAAAGCCUUGUUCAUUACCUUGCUCAGAGUGAAAGUUUUAAGUAUGAAGAUGUAGAAUCCGUCAUUGACCACAACCAACAUUUAACGAAAUCAACUUUGCAAAGAAUAAGGAAAGAGCUAUUUUUCCAAGAUGCGAUGAAGAGAACUCCGCCUCACUACGGGGCUAUUCAUGGAAAUAUCAAUUUUCUUCUGCUUUUUUUUUAACUCGAUCGGAAUCACAAAAUUUGGAACGAUCUGUUUGAGCUUCGUGACAUCAACAAUGAGAUAGUACUAGAUUUGUUGUUUAAAAAUUUACCGCCAUAUAACAGAUUUCCGACAUCAAAUUCCACACGUACAAACUCCUUGAUGAUAAACCCACAUCAACAUUUUAUCUCUUUAAUUCUCAAUAAAUCAUUUCCAAGAAAUAUGAUAGAAAAGAAACUUCCCGUAUUAUGUGAGUACAGUGUGCGACAUGGAUAUCCUCUUAUCUUUGAAACUCUUUUAAUAAAAUACCAGAAACAUAAGUAUGAUAUUAUCCAUAGUAAUGAAUGCAUAUCAAUUUUUUUCCAUUUAAUCCCUGCAAUGGAUUUUAUAGAUGCAGCGUAUUUCAAAUUUGUCAACUUGUCUUCUUUCUUGAAAUGUAACUGUGCUAGAUGGAAAAUGUUUAGAUUUCAUAAGUUGAUGGAAGACCGCAAGAGAUCGUUUAGAGUACUUUUAAAGAUACUACUGAAUUUCAAAAUGAACUGUAGUUCUAUGGAUUUUUGCUAUGAUGACGAAGGAUAUAACCCGUUACAUAGGGCUGUUAUUGGCGGAAAUUAUAAUGCUUUCGAACUUUUAAUAAACAAUGGAAUGUCUGUGAAUGUCAAAAGUAAGGACAGGAGGGACGUUCUGCAGUUAUUAAUUGAACACGCACCAUGCAUUCAAGACGAUUUCGAUGUGCUGAAUAAAAUUUCCUUAAACUUGUCUUUGUCAUAUACCGAAUCAGUAGCCCAUAUGCGGAGUACAACGUAUGGAGAUAUUGGUUGUUUUAUUGCAAGAAAUACGACACUUCUAAUGAAACGGACUCCGACGCAAAUAUGCAACAGAACAACGAGCUCUCUCAGCAUCGCUCAUGUUGUUGCCGCUAAAGGGCUUUUAGAAAUUUUAGAAGUUAUUAAAGAAACUUUUGGAGAGACAUAUUACCAUUGCUUAAACCAUCAAAAUAUUUCAACUGCCCUUUUAUUGAGUGUUUUUGGUCAUUCGCAAUUACAUUUUCUAAAUAUUGAGAUUCCCACCUAUCUUAAGGAGUCCAUUGUUGCAUUAUAUCUUAAAAUUACAUUUGACUUUAAAGCUUUUGUUUAUCCAAGAGAUUCCUUAUUUUGGAAAUGUAAAUAUAGAGUAAGAAAUUUCAGAAACACAAGAUCUUUGCAAAGCUGCGCUGGUAAAGUGGAGGAGGAAAACGCGAUACUCAUGUCUCGGGUUAUCAAACUGAGCGGUUUCAAAUCCAGGGAAGAGUUCAGGAAAUAUUGUGAAAUUUGUAACGACAAUGAAAUAAACCUCGAUUCCGGAUUUGAUACUAUUUUGAAAGAAUUAAGGGAAUACUGGGAGAAUCCAAAGCGAUACAAGUAUAAAUACUUACUUCAGCACAAAAAGCAAGAACUUUUAUUUGAAAAUUGGAAUUGUAAAAUAAGGAGAGAUAGGAAAAGGAGUACAAAAUGUCUCGAGAUUCUAUCUGAGAUGAUACAUUUGAAAAGACAUUUACAUUCCUAUUUCUCAAGAAUAAGUGUAAAUAUACUAUUAACGGCUAUCAUACCUUUAUAUGAUCAGGAGAUAAUGUUACCUUUCCAAUUUCUGCCAUAUAAUGAAUAUUUGGGUAAGUUAAGCCGUCAUUAUGUGUACAUGUCGAUGUUUAUCUCACAAAAAUAUCCUGGAUUUCAAUUGUCAAAGGAAUAUGACUACUGGGAUGUUUUCAGAAGAAACGGAGACAAAAGGAACAAGAAAAUGGUACAAAUAAUUCUGAAUACUCCAGUAUCUGAAAUUCGGAAAUGGAAAGGAACUGAACGAAGCAGGCGUAUCAUGCUCCAUCACUUUGAGCAUUCUUAUGAUGACCUUCCCACUGAUAGACCAUUGCUUCAAUAUGAACGACUCCAGAAAAAUGACAACUGACAUUAACGACAAUUGAUACAAACUUUGUUUCAGAAAUUAUGAAAAUGGACAUUAUAUGUUCACACAAAGAAAAUGAAUACAUUUUACCAUAAAAAAUCCUAAUUAAAUCCAACGUUUUUCAAUUAUGCUUAAUAAAGUGGGUGAAAUCUUGGUAGAGUUAUAUAAGGAAGGAUGAUAUGUUUCAACUUUUGAACACCACAGAAAUUUUACAAAUUCCUUAUAAAACUUUAGUAUUUUAUAUUUGUACUAAUUACAAACAGAAUAAGUCAAUAAAUACAUAUCAACCCAUACAUCGAUAGUUUUAUUUGUAGGAAGUGUUCUCAAGAAACCAAUAUAAAUCAAUUCCUUGCUUAAAAUGUUCGAUCCUGAGAUUUUUGUAACAGUUCACGCAAAUUUUAAGCAUAUUUUGAUUCUAAUAUCAAGAAAAUGGUUAAGAACAUACGCUUUUAGUAAAAUUUGCAACCAGAAGAAAACAUGCGCUUAAUUACAUGUACAACAAAGAAACUUUCCUGAUGUUCUCCAUUUAGCAGUUUUCGUUUGAAUGAUUUAUCAUAGAUAUAUAUCUCUUUCAGAGUGUUUUAUUUUGUGUUUUAUAUUACUGUGUUGACUUAAAAUAUCAUUUCCGUACUGUCGGAUAAACUAAUACAU